CAUUGGCACCGUGUGCCGACCAUGCUUGAUGGUAAUCUCCUGGCCAUGUGCACAAGGCUUCUGCUGAGUCGCAGACCUGCGGAUUAAGGAUGGGCUUUAAAAGUGCCUCCACAUCACCUGCUCCUGCCCCUUGUUUGUCCUGGUCCAUUCUCUGCUGCUGGAGCUGCAAGACAAACAGACAACCGGGCACAAUGAACCAGAAGGUGGUACUCAUCACAGGCUGCUCCUCUGGGAUCGGCCUGGCCUUGGCCGCCCGCAUCGCAAAAGAUGAGAAGAAGAGGUUCAUGGUCUACGCCACCAUGAGGAACGUGAGUAAGGGUGAGGCGCUGGUUGAGGCGGCAGGCCGGGCUCUGGGCAGGACCCUGGAGAUCAAGCAGCUGGACGUCUGUGACGAGGACUCCAUCAAAGCCUGCGUGGACAGCCUGCCUGAGCGCAGGGUGGACAUCCUCAUAAGUAAUGCUGGGAUGGGUCUGAUUGGACCCAUCGAGUGUCAGUCAAUUGAUGAGAUGAAGACUGUCAUGGACACCAACUUCUUUGGGCUCGUGCGGUUGCUGAAGGAAGUCCUACCUGACAUGAAGAGGAGGAAAAAGGGCCACAUUGUGGUUAUAAGCAGUGUGAUGGGUAUUCAGGGAAUUUUGUUCAAUGACGUCUACGCAGCGUCCAAGUUCGCGGUGGAAGGCUUUUGCGAAAGCUUGGCAGUGCAAGCCCUGAGAUUCAACCUCAAUAUCAGCCUGAUCGAGCCAGGCCCAGUGAUAACAGAGUUUGAGCGUAAGGUCUAUGAUGAGGGCUUGAAGACUGAUCUCAGCAAAGCCGACCCCGUGACUGCUGACAUCUUCCUCAACAUCUACUUGAAGAAUUACAAACAAAUCUUCGAAACCCUCGGCCAGACUGCGGAGGACGUGGCAGAGCACACCCUCAAGAUCAUGACAAUGGAGGACCCACCUUUCCGUCAUCAGACCAACACUCUUUACACCCCAAUGACCACACUCAAAUAUGCCGACCCCAACGGCGACCUCCCCAUCGACACCUUUUACAAAAUGGUGUUUGAACACGACAAGGUCUUCAACGCCAGCCUCAACUUCAUCAAACUCCUGUGCUGGAGAAGUCGAAAAAGCUUUACCAUUGAAAAGGACAAGAGCAACUAACAGAGAGUCUGUGUCUGAUCUUUCUUAAUUUUCUCAGGUGAAUUCAUGCAUGUACUGUAUGAUUUCCUUUAUUCAUUUCAAUUGCCUUUUCAUUUUGUUUUUAGCUGUUAGACUUCUUGAGCUAAAAACAAGAAGCUGAUACACAUUUGAAAAAGAAGAAGCAUUAAAUUAUGGUGACUCUUUC